CACUUCAUAGGUAUCCUCAGUUGUUCUUCACCCCCACCCACCCCAAAUGGCCAAUUUCAAGGUCACUGGUUAUGCCGGGGCACUGGAAAACACUAAGCUUGACUUCCAAAGCUUGUAUUUGCAUAGGAUUAAUUCUGGGGAUAAGAAAAACCAGUAUGUAGUGAUAGAUGGAUUUGCUACUACUGACCUUGGUCUCACAACCAUCAACGACUGGGCAAUAUAUGAUGGUGUGGCCCCGGACGCAAAGCUAGUCGCUCGUGCAAAAGGCAUUCGUGUGAAUGCUGCUGACUGGUGCAAUUUAUUCAUCAUAGUGUUCGAGCUUGACAGUUUUAAAGGAUCCACGCUUUCUGUAAUGGGAGCAACUGCUGAGGAACAAGGUGAAUGGGCUAUUGUUGGUGGGACUGGCGACUUCGCUAUGGCUCGUGGUGUCAUCCAGAGAAAAAUACAUCAAAAGGUAGCAGAUGGAGAUGUAUUAGAGCUUACUAUCGAUGCAGUCUGCCACAGGAAGGGGCAGCCUUCACCCACUCCGCAGCCUCCUGCCCCAAGCCAGCCGAUUCAGCCUCCUGUUCAGCCGCGUCCUGCCCCCACUCCCAUAAAAUAUGGACCAUGGGGUGGAACUGGUGAAAAACUUUACCAGUUCAACCCAAACAUGUCUGUACGCCUAAAGAGUAUGACGGUCUUCCGUCAUUAUGCUGUUAAUGGACUUACUUUCACUUUUAUCGGCCAAGAUGGCCAGGAACACGCCAGCGAACUUUUUGGUAAUAGCGUUCUUCGUGGCAACAAAGUUGACAGUCAAACAUUUCAGCUAGGCCCAACGGAGUUUCUGACGGGGCUGUCAGGAACAUACGGCCAUGAAUCCAGAUCAAACAAUAUUGCUAUGUAUUCCCUUAAGCUGGUCACUAACCUCGGCAACACUCAUGGACCUUUCGGAACUCCUGGGAUAGGCACCCCUUUCAGCUUUUCCGUGCCUCAGAACAACAGAAUUGUGAGCUUCUUUGGGGGAUCUACGGGUUACGCCAUCAAUUCAAUUGGUAUCUACACGCUCGACAAUUCUGCUUAGCAAGCAUGUUUUACUUGGUGCAGCUACAAUUUUCGACUGUAGCAAUAAGAGGGCUAGGGUUCUCCCUAAACCAGCCUUGCUUUAUUAGUUUUAUUUUACACUUAUAUUUAAGAUGGUAAGGAUCUACCUACACCAUGCCACAAGCAAUUUAUGGUUCCUGUACCUUUUUUUCUUCAAAAAGCUCGCCAGCUCCGUGGCAUGUAAGGCUAGAAUCAUCAGAAUAAAAGAAGAGAAGACCUGA